AUGGAUCAUAUGGUAACUGCAUUGGCCAAGACCUUUAAAUCUCCAGUAGUUGACACCAUUCAGUCUCUUCCUCAACACCAGCAAAUCAUAGUCUGUUCUGCAGCAAAGGCCUUUAGAGGAAGCAAAAAAGACAGAACCCUUGCAGAGAUUCAGCUCCUCGCUGAUCUAAGUUUGAAGAAGAUGCUUCAGCUUAUUGAGUUGGUGGAGGACAACGAGGUUUCACCAAGUCGAAUUUUGCAUGAUGAUUUUGAUACUCCUGCAAGCUUCAGGGACGCAAAUUUCUUCGUUAUUAAGUCAUAUAGCAAGGAUAAUGUCUACAAGAGCAUAAAGUAUUGUGUCUGGGCAAGCACUAAAAACGGAAACAAAAAGUUAGAUGCUGCCUAUCGUGAAGCAAAUACUAAAGAAGUGGCAUGCUCAGUCUUUCUGUUGUUCUCGCUCAACCCGUUGAGUUUUGAUCUUUAA